AUGCGGGACGCGUGCAAAGAAAUACCCGAUCUUGUGCAAAGCUUAGCCGGCGAAAUGCAAAAAUUACAGAUAUCGCAGGCUAGGCUUGAAGAUAAUGUCCAGACUUUAACCAACCGCGUAGAUAAUGUGGAGAUAGAUACACGGAAAAGUAUUGACGCAUAUUUGGAAGUGCAAGCUCAAAAAGUAGAAAAAGAAUUAAAUGAAUGGCUAGAAGUAAAGGAUCGCGAGAUAUCUGCAAAGAUUGAAAGCGACGUAAAAACAGUUGUAGAACAAGCGACUGCGGCCGCAAGUGUGGCUCGUGUUGUGGAGAGCCGUGCUGCGGACUUCCCAGUGGGGCGGCACGUGGUCGGCUACUGGGGGUGGCGCGACCGCACCGUGGCCGACGUGGGGCCGGACGCGCCCUACUUCAUGUCUCCGGCCAUGCUGGUGCCAGACCUGGGGGAGCUGCCCCUCUCCCUCUCUCUGGGGGUGCUGGGCAUGCCCGGCAUCUCAGCCUACUUUGGACUUCUGGAGGUCUGCAAGCCUAAGGAGGGAGAGGUCGCCGUAGUCAGUGGGGCAGCAGGUGCUGUGGGGUCCAUAGUCGGGCAGAUAGCGCGCCUCAAGUGGUGCAAAGUAAUUGGCUUCGCGGGAUCAGACGCUAAGGUGAAGUGGCUGAAAGAGGAGUUGGGAUUCCAUCACGCAUUUAACUACAAGACGAAUGACGUCACAGAGGCGCUGAAGCAGGCGGCACCUGACGGCGUCGACGUGUACUUCGACAACGUGGGCGGCGAGCUGAGCAGCGCAGUCGUCAACAGCAUGCGAGAGUGGGGCCGCAUCUCUGUGUGCGGCUCGAUAUCUGGAUACAACGAAUCUAGCCUCCCGAAGGCUACCAUCAUCCAGCCUGCAGCCAUAUACAAGCAGCUCCGCAUGGAGGGGUUCCUGUAUUCACGGUGGCACGACCGCUGGGAAGAGGGCAUUACCCAGCUGACGCAGUGGGUCCGGGAGGGAAAAAUCAAAUACUGUGAGACUGUAACAGAAGGGUUUCAAAACACCCCCAAAGCCUUCGCCGGUAUGCUGCAGGGUGACAACUUGGGGAAGGCUGUUGUUAAAGUGUGA